GUGCUUUGGAUCCGUCCGCUCCACAUUUCUUCCUGUUGUUGACAGGACUCCAACUUGGAAGACUCAAUGCGUGUCUGUUACAUCGUAAAAUGAAGACAUUUUAGGAUUUAUCUUAAUUCAAUUUGUUAUUUUUGGUAUUAUUAUGGACUAGCUUGGAAUCAUGGUUGUGAAUUCAGUGCAUUGGUUUCGUAAGGGAUUGCGGUUACACGAUAAUCCGGCUUUACAGGAAGCUCUAAAUGGCGCGGACACUGUGCGAUGUGUUUAUAUAUUGGAUCCGUGGUUUGCUGGUUCCGCCAACGUCGGCAUCAACAGAUGGAGGUUUCUGCUGGAGUCUUUGGAGGACCUGGACAGCAGUUUGAGGAAGCUGGAUUCCAGGCUGUUUGUGGUGCGAGGCCAACCUGCUAACGUGUUUCCCAGUCUCUUUAAGGAGUGGAACGUCACCCGGUUGACCUUUGAGUAUGACUCUGAGCCCUAUGGGAAGGAGAGAGAUGGCGCCAUCAUUAAAAUGGCCCAGGAGUUUGGAGUGGAGACCAUAGUGAGGAAUUCUCACACACUCUACAACUUGGACAGGAUCAUUGAGAUGAACAACUGCCCUCCGCUCGCGGUCAAGAAUCACCCGAUCGUUGAGAUGAACAACGGCAGUCCUCCGCUGACCUUCAAGAGGUUCCAGGCCUUAGUGAACAGGCUAGAGCUGCCUAUGAAACCCCUGCCCACCAUCACACAAGAACAGAUGAGCAGUUGUCGGACGAAGAUCGCUGACAACCACGACGAACACUACAGUGUCCCCUCUCUGGAAGAGCUCGGAUUCAAGACUCAAGGCCUGGACCCUGCGGUGUGGAAGGGAGGGGAGUCUGAAGCACUAGAGAGACUCAACAAACACUUAGACAGAAAAGCCUGGGUAGCUAGCUUUGAGCGAGCCAGGAUCAACAUGUGUUCGCUGAUCGCCAGUCCCACGGGCCUCAGCCCCUAUCUACGCUUUGGAUGCUUAUCAUGUCGAGUCUUCUACUACAACCUGAGGGAACUCUACAUGAAGUUGCGGAAGCAUUGCAGUCCCCCGCUCUCUUUAUUCGGCCAGCUCCUGUGGAGAGAAUUCUUCUAUGCAGCGGGAACCAACAACCCUAACUUCGACCGGAUGGAGGGCAACCCCAUCUGUGUUCAGAUCCCCUGGGACCAUAACCCUGAGGCCCUGGCCAAGUGGGCCGAGGGGAGCACAGGCUUCCCCUGGAUAGAUGCUAUCAUGACCCAGCUGAGGCAGGAGGGCUGGAUCCACCACCUGGCCAGACACGCUGUGGCCUGCUUCCUGACCCGGGGAGACCUGUGGAUCAGCUGGGAGAGUGGCAUGAGGGUGUUUGAGGAGCUGCUCCUGGAUGCAGACUGGAGUGUGAAUGCAGGCAGCUGGAUGUGGCUCUCCUGCAGUGCCUUCUUCCAGCAGUUCUUCCACUGUUACUGCCCUGUGGGCUUCGGCAGGAGGACAGACCCCAGCGGAGACUACAUCAGGCGCUACAUUCCUAAGUUGAAGGACUAUCCCAACCGAUACAUCUAUGAGCCGUGGAGAGCCCCAGAGUCGGUCCAGAAGGCAGCCAACUGCAUCGUGGGAGUAGACUACCCCAAGCCCAUGAUCAACCACGCAGAGGGCAGCAGGCUCAACAUAGAGAGAAUGAAGCAGGUCUACCAGCAACUCUCCCACUACAGAGGCCUCAGUCUCCUGGCAUCUGUGCCCACCAUUCAGGAAGAGGCGGAGCCUCCCCCGACAGACGACUCUCAGGCCAGUAGCAGCACCUGUGAGUCACCCCCACACACUUCGUCUGCCCAGUCCAACACUCUGAAGAGAGGCAGGCCUUCCGAACCACAAAACACCCAGACGUGCACCCACACAAAACACCAGCACACCAGCACUGCCAAAGGAGACCAGCAACAGGACCAGGAGCAGCAACAGGACCAGGAGCAGCAACAGGACCAGGAGCAGCAACAGGACCAGGAGCAGCAACAGGACCAGGAGCAGCAACAGGAGCAGCAACAGGAGCAAUGGGAGGAACAGUCAGAGCAUCAGCCAGUGGAUCUGCAGUGACACACGGAUCUUGCCAUGUGGGAUGGUGUAUGACAGAAGGACAUGGCAGAAGACUUCUGAUGUCCUGCGCUCACCCCUAUCCUUCUGGCAAGACUGGUCACUUACACACACACACAGAGCUUUUUACGAACCAUAACCACUUUAUAAAAUCUAAGAAUAACAGCAACUCCAGAUCAGUGUUAAAAAAACAGCAUCAUACUGGGUAAUAAUGUGUAUGUAUACAGCAAGGUUACAAUGAGUGUAUUAUAUAGAAGGUUAGUGCUUACACCUUUCAGCUUUCCUAAUCUAGCAUUUAAAAAAUUCAAAUCAUUUACCACAACAUUUUAUUAGUGUGUGAAUAACCUCUUUAAGACUGCAAUAGACCCUCAAAGAUACUAACCUUAGAGUUAAGAACUCGCCGGGCAAUCUCAAACUGGGGAAAAUGUUUUAAAUCCCCAAAAACUGAAUGCAUAAUAACAAAACGCAUGCAUGUAAAUACGCAGGUCAUAUGGUCUAUAAAGAUUUGAUACGAUUUGUAUGUGCAUUUCAAAGAUGUGGAUAUUUCAGUGUUCCGAACAACCUCCAUUCUCAACUUAUUUGUGUCUGAGGUUCCACUGUCCAUAUAUCUGUUCACUAUUUUGCUGUAUGUUAUUUUGACUUCUAUCACAAUGACGUGAUUGGUCUGUAAACUAAUAUUUUGCCUGUGGCAGAGAAUAUAUAUUAUCAAUCAGUGAAAUAAGCAUCAAUUGUUGGUGCCCUUCAUUAAAACUAUGGAGAAUCAUAAUCUAUCAAACCCUUACUGGAAAAAGAACAACACCCACCUGCUUCUACCCACCAUGGGGAGUGGGGCUGCUUCUACCCACCGUGGGGAGUGGGGCUGCUUCUACCCACCGUGGGGAGUGGGGCUGCUUCUACCCACCGUGGGGAGUGGGGCUGCUUCUACCCACCGUGGGGAGUGGGGCUGCUUCUACCCACCGUGGGGAGUGGGGCUGCUUCUACCCACCGUGGGGAGUGGGGCUGCUUCUACCCACCGUGGGGAGUGGGGCUGCUUCUACCCACCGUGGGGAGUGGGGCUGCUUCUACCCACCGUGGGGAGUGGGGCUGCUUCUACCCACCGUGGGGAGUGGGGCUGCUUCUACCCACCGUGGGGAGUGGGGCUGCUUCUACCCACCGUGGGGAGUGGGGCUGCUUCUACCCACCGUGGGGAGUGGGGCUGCUUCUACCCACCGUGGGGAGUGGGGCUGCUUCUACCCACCGUGGGGAGUGGGGCUGCUUCUACCCACCGUGGGGAGUGGGGCUGCUUCUACCCACCGUGGGGAGUGGGGCUGCUUCUACCCACCGUGGGGAGUGGGGCUGCUUCUACCCACCGUGGGGAGUGGGGCUGCUUCUACCCACCGUGGGGAGUGGGGCUGCUUCUACCCACCGUGGGGAGUGGGGCUGCUUCUACACAGAUGAAUUAAACGGAUGAAAAAUGCAUAUGCAUUCGUUACUGUCCAUUCACCUCAUUUAAACUUGUCACUUAUGAGUUGAUUAUUUAAACUUCUCACAUAUGAGUUGCUUAUGUAAAAAAUGUAUGGACAAAACUGCUGAUAGGCAUUUCUCCUUUCUGUAGCACAUCAACCUACAGAAAAUCCUUUUGGCUCAAUAUGUUUUUGAUGGAUAAAUCUAUCAGGCUUCAACACUACAACACUACAGUUAAUGAUAAUGCUGUCUACUAAUACAAUAAUGACUUGUUUCAAUUAAAUACCAUAUGUGUAAAGGAUUUAUUAGUUCACGCUAUAUUCUGUGUAUAUCAGCCGUGUGUGUGUGUGUGUGUGUGUGUGUGUGUGUCUCUGGUAGCAUUAAGAUCAUCUUAAGUACAUUGGUAGGCAAUUGAGGAACAAUGAUCUUGGUGCUACACACAUUUUGGGGAACUCUCCCCAGUGUUGUGGAACUACACAGAAGGGGAACGAGUUGAGUAGGAAAUACUGAGACAAACUCCAUUUAUAUUUUCCAUUAAAACAGUCACCAAAUAUUGUACAUCCCAAGCAAAAGUGUACAUUCGCUAUAAUUUAAGUUGCCAUGAUGAGCUUUUGUUGAAUAGUUGUAUUUAUUUGUUUUGAAUUGUACAAAGGAAUAUAUUUUCAUUAAAGUGCUGAUAGAAUUGUGACCCA